AUGGCUGCCAGUGCCAGUGUCACGAGUGCGCCUCUGAAUCGCAGUACAGUUUCUGGUAAGGCCAAGAAGCGACAAAAGUUUGCUCCGAAACUGACGGGUGGGGCUAAAGUCGCCGAUAAAGCACAGGUGACAGGUAGGCCUAUACAUGUCGAUGGUAAGGCUGUUCCGGAUAUUGAUUCCAGUACAACUGCUGAUGCGGGUGCAGAUUUAGGUGUGAGUACGGAGAAAAGUGUGUUGCUGACUGUAGAUACAACAACUGAUAAGAAUGCACAUAUUAAUAUGGGCAAUGGCGUCCUGGACGGCACUACGGGUGCGAAGGUGGAUAAACCUCGCAGAAAAACCAAGUUUGCGCCAAAGAAGAUAGCGACUACACAGAGAAAGGUAGUUGCCGCAAUGAACAGAUCGACUGUUGUUAUGGAAACGGAGAAAGUGAUCACAGAAUACUCAGCUGUACGCGGAUCUGGCGUACUUGCUGGAGCACUUACAGGCGAACGAAUGCAAGAAGUUGGAUUGGGAAAGGAUGCCAACACUGAAAAACAUAAAGAAAGUGUACGUGCUGACACACAGGUUGCAACUACGACAGUUUCAAACUUGCCAUAUGGUAGUGAAACUAAGGGCGCUGAAGUCACCACUGAAACGAUACAAAGCAUAGUCGCACCCACAAACCCAACAAGCACGAGUUUGAAUGCAGUAGAGAGUGUGCAUGAGCCUAUUACUGUUUCAAAAGGUGAAAUUGCUGCUACUCGCACAAACUCCAAUGUCAUUGAAAAUACGCUUAAUACAGUGGACACAAGCACAAACGCUACUGUCGCAGAUAUGACUACGGAAGUAGCCGUGACUAAAAAAGCGAAGCGAAGCAAGUUUGCCCCCAAGAAAUUUAGUGCAAGGAUACCUGCCAAAGCAACAGUUGCACAGCCUGCGGUUGUCAGUACGGUGGACACAACACACACACAGCGCAAAACCAGCGACGCACGAGAGGAUACACGUGCAGCAUUGGGACUAUUAGGAGAAGGAUCGGAGUUAGAGAGUCAUACACGCGCACCACUGCCAAUUGAUGCGAGCCUGCGUGGUACAGGUCAGAGUGGGGCGAAUGCUGAGGCACACGCGCACACAAGUGUAGUGCAUGCACAUGACCAGAACGAACGACAUGGCUUAAAGCAAGCUCAGGACAAAAAUAGGAUACGAGGUGACAGCCAGGCAUCUAAGGAUAUGAUAGAAAGUGUGCUGGGGGCUGUGGAGGUGUCAGAGAAGGCUGAAUGGGCGGUUGACACGGUGCUUGGAAAGGCAGCUGAGAACUCGCAGAUGGUGACUAUAGACCCCCCGGGAUCACAGGAGGCUCGGUUGGAUACGGAGGAUCAGAAUCUGACGGUGAGCGAGACCAUGGCACGCGUCGCGCAGAUUGUGGCCGAGAAACGGAAGGCCAGGAAGGCCAUAGAUGCGCACAACCGAGACGAAGCUAUCGCAUCGCAAGCGAUGGUAAAGCUGUCGAAAGCAGGGCCUGUAAGGCGAGAGGUCUUUGAUAUGUCGGGACCGGAGAGCGACUACAACGGCCGGUCUUCGAUGGCUUUGCCGCCACCACCAACACGCCCGACCGCAGCAACAGCACGCGGCAUAGAAGCUUCUGACAUGGAAUCCGAUGUCUACUUAACGAACGAAUUCGACACUCAGCCUACGGCAAAACGCGUCCCCAUCACACAGGAUUUGGAUGUCUCAGAAUGUGAAGCUGCGCCAAUCGCCAUCACAAAGCGACGGAAACUGAUGCGAAAGGGGGAACCUGUGGAGGGCUACAUUUCAAAAUCAUCUUCAAAUGAUGACUCAGAUAGUGAUGCUCCCCUAUCCCUUCUGGCUGAGAAUAAUCGGCGCAAAAAGCCCAAAAAGAAGAGUACGUAUAAGCGUAAAGCUCCGAGCAAAGCAUUAACGACCACUAAGUGGGCGAAGAAUCAGAUAACAGAUGCUUCGGACGGUGGUUUGUAUACGGAUAUACACACAGACGCGGGGGGUGAGGAUGUCAUCUCGAUUGACGAGCUGAAAAAGAGGGCCUUGAAGAAAGUCAAGGAGAAGGAGAAGAAACCGCGCAAAAGCAAACAGAGCAAAACAGUGCGUGAGGUCCAGUCCGAUGGAACCGUCACCGAAGUGAUGCAGAUUGAUGUGGCAAAGAGAUCAAGGCGUCCGGCUACCAAAACUGUAGCACUUGUUCCCCCUACAACGCUCAUGAGUGAACUUGUGCACACAAAUCCUAUCGCGAAUCCCACCAAGCAAGAACAUAAGAGACGUGAGAGGAAGAAAGUGGCUGUCAAGAUCAAAACUAUUGAGAAGGCACAGAAACACAUACGCAUACGAGUGCGUUCACUCAAGGCGCAUAUGGAGGGUCUCAGAGCGAAGUAA